UCAUUUAAAUGAGUCAUUGACGAACCGUUCAUUGAAUGCAUUACAGGAAAUAUAUCGGAUAACAUCAGAUACUGCCAAUCUUAAAACGUCGAAUGAAGUCUUGAAGAGCAAAACUGAUAUGUUAUUUCGGCAUCUACGUCCCUUCUUUCCUCAAUCCUGUGACAGCGUAGUUAAGAGUGGCGAAUAUACAAUAUAUCCCGAUUUGUACAUAGACGGCAUAAAAGUGUAUUGUAAGUUUGACUCCACGAACAAGGGAUGGAUAGUAAUGCAGAGGAGAAAAGACGGGUCUGUAGAUUUCAACCGCACUUGGGCAGAUUACAAAGCUGGCUUCGGUGACUUGAGUGGUGAAUUCUGGUUGGGCAAUGGCCAUAUCUACCAGCUGACUAAGGACAAACCGAGAGAGCUGAGGAUUGAUAUGGAGAUGGUCAAUGGAACACAGCGAUAUGCGCUGUAUUCUGAGUUCAAACUAUCAUCAGAGUCUGAGAAGUAUAAGCUCAAUGUGGCCGGAUACACUGGGGACGCAGGAGACUGUUUAUUAACGGCUUGUACUAGUAGAAUGGAUAGUGCUGUUCAAAACGGUCGGUCGUUUUCAACUUUCGAUAGAGAUAAUGACCAGAACAGUCUGUCUUGUGCAAGCUACUAUGGGGAUGGUUGGUGGUUUGAUUACUGUUACAGUGCACAUCUAAACGGUAAAUACUUCAAGGAAGAAGAUGACGUGCCCGAAUGGAAAGGAAUUCACUGGUUAAAGAUCACUGGGAGCAACACAUCUUUAAAAUUUGUGCAAAUGACCAUGCGCUAAGAAUGCACAUUAAGAAGUAGAUAUGACUUGAAAAAGUAUUUCCAUUGGAGCAAAGAAAAUGAUUGUCAUUCGUAUUGUAUCGACUAUUUUGAUGUUUUGUUGUACUUAUAUUGACUUAGGAGUCACCUAUUAAAAACCCUGGCGCGUAUAUAUUGUGCUUUACAUUUGUAUUUCAAGUGAAAUUCAAGUAUCAUGUAAAUUUGGUGUGCUACAUCUUCAAUUGAAGAAUUUUUUUAACGCAAUAAUUUUUCAAAUAAGAAUUUUUCAAACACGAAUGUCUUAAGUGUGAGUAAUGAUUUAGAUUUACAAGUGUACAUGCUAACAUUUUACACCAUUCUGUGGACGCUCACGAUAAAAUAAUUCAUCCCUGACGAUCGGACGCUUUAAUACGUGGGUUAGGUAUGGUUUCAUCUUUUGGUGGAAAAUUGUGAAACGCGAUAUUUUGUUUAUUUAUUUGAAGUUCAUCAUUUUAGGCUGGCUAUAACACCAGGAAAACAAAGAAUUAAUUAAAAAACAAUGAAUAUUUAGGAACGCAACCGCGCAAUCGGCAUUUUGCAGGCUACCUACAACACGUGCUUAAGCACACGAUCGUCACGGAGGAACGAUUUUAUCGUGAGCUUGCACAUCAUGUAGUCAAGGAAUCACAUAUAAAACUUUAAAUUGAAAUCUUGUGUCAUUAUUGAGAUAUUGAAGUUUGAAAAGUGUUGCGGUUUUAAUAUUCAGCAGACGUUUUAAGCCGCGUGAAAAGUAUUGCACAUAUAUCGCAAAUUGAUCUUCACAAUUUUUGGUCUUGCUUACUAAUUGAAUCACUCCAGAAGUGUAGUUAAGUAUAGUUACUUUCAUCUAGAGGUGUUAUUGAGGACGGAAAGACGGACGUCCGGACAAACGGAAGACAAUAGACCCUUUGGUGCAACAACAGCAGGGACUUAAA